AGGAGGGUCUAUUGCCCUUCCUCCAUUCCCAAGGCCGUGGUGGCGCUCCCGUCACGGAGCCCGGAUGUAGCAGCAGCAGCAGCGCAAGCUUCGCCCCUGCAUUAGGAAAAGCGGCGCAAGCGUCUCCAGUAGGGAGAGACCAUCGAGGAGUACAGGGGUGGGGGUGCGUCAGUCAGUCAGUCAGUCAGGGACGCUGCGCUCCGCUGGCGGAGGCCGCAUCCAACCCGCCAACCCCUCAAGUACAGGAGACCGGCCGGCCCGGCUCCAGCUCCAGCUCUGCCUUCCCGGUCUUUGUUGUGCCGGCGUUUCCGUGAGGAUAUCCCUCCGGACUCCCUUUUUCCGUUAUCGGCGUCAACCGCGCGCGGCCUUCCCUGUCUCCGGCUCGUGAGGGACGCCCAAAGGCGCUAAGCGACCAUGAGCAACUCGAGGAAUAACCGUGUGAUGGUGGAGGGCGUCGGGGCUCGGGUCGUGAGGGGCCCCGACUGGAAGUGGGGGAAGCAGGACGGCGGCGAGGGCCACGUGGGCACCGUGCGCAGCUUCGAGAGCCCCGAGGAGGUGGUGGUGGUCUGGGACAACGGCACGGCCGCCAACUACCGCUGCUCGGGAGCCUACGACCUGCGUAUCCUCGACAGUGCGCCCACCGGAAUUAAACAUGAUGGGACAAUGUGUGAUACAUGUCGCCAGCAACCAAUAAUUGGCAUUCGAUGGAAAUGUGCAGAAUGCACGAAUUAUGACUUAUGCACUGUAUGUUACCAUGGGGAUAAACAUCAUUUGAGACAUCGCUUUUACAGAAUAACCACACCAGGAAGUGAAAGAGUAUUACUGGAAUCUCGCCGUAAAUCAAAGAAAAUCACUGCAAGAGGAAUCUUCACAGGUGCCAGAGUGGUACGAGGAGUUGAUUGGCAAUGGGAAGAUCAGGAUGGUGGCAAUGGACGUAGGGGAAAAGUAACUGAAAUCCAAGACUGGAGUGCAUCAAGUCCGCACAGUGCAGCAUAUGUUUUAUGGGACAAUGGAGCUAAAAACCUUUACAGAGUUGGCUUUGAGGGCAUGUCAGACCUUAAAUGUGUCCAGGAUGCGAAAGGAGGAUCCUUCUACCGAGAUCAUUGUCCUGUGCUUGGUGAACAAAACGGUAAUCGGAAUCCUGGUGGAUUGCAGAUCGGUGAUUUAGUCAAUAUUGAUCUUGACUUAGAAAUUGUUCAGUCUUUGCAGCAUGGCCAUGGAGGAUGGACUGAUGGAAUGUUUGAGACUUUAACUACUACUGGCACAGUUUGUGGCAUAGAUGAAGAUCAUGACAUUGUUGUACAAUAUCCAAGUGGCAAUAGGUGGACCUUUAAUCCUGCUGUUCUCACCAAAGCCAAUGUUGUCCGAAGUGGAGAUGCUGCUCAAGGUGCUGAAGGUGGCACAUCACAAUUUCAAGUGGGUGACCUUGUCCAAGUUUGUUAUGACCUAGAAAGAAUCAAACUGCUUCAAAGAGGACAUGGUGAAUGGGCUGAAGCAAUGCUUCCUACUUUAGGUAAAGUUGGAAGAGUCCAGCAGAUCUAUUCAGACAGUGACUUAAAAGUAGAGGUUUGUGGAACUUCAUGGACAUACAAUCCAGCUGCUGUGUCGAAGGUGGCAUCGGCAGGCUCUGCUAUAAGCAAUGCAUCUGGUGAGAGAUUGUCCCAGUUAUUGAAGAAACUGUUUGAAACUCAAGAAUCUGGGGAUCUUAAUGAAGAGCUUGUUAAAGCAGCUGCUAAUGGAGAUGUAGCCAAAGUGGAAGACUUGCUUAAGAGACCAGAUGUGGAUGUGAAUGGGCAGUGUGCGGGACACACAGCUAUGCAAGCUGCUAGUCAGAAUGGACAUGUUGACAUUUUGAAAUUGCUUCUGAAACAGAAUGUGGAUGUAGAAGCAGAGGACAAAGAUGGAGACAGGGCUGUUCACCAUGCAGCUUUUGGUGAUGAAGGAGCUGUGAUAGAGGUGUUGCAUAGAGGCAGUGCAGAUCUUAAUGCUCGUAACAAACGUAGACAGACACCACUUCAUAUUGCUGUUAAUAAAGGUCAUCUCCAAGUAGUGAAGACAUUACUGGAUUUUGAUUGCCAUCCUAGUCUUCAGGAUUCUGAGGGUGAUACACCUCUUCAUGAUGCAAUAAGUAAAAAACGUGAUGACAUCUUGGCAGUACUCCUUGAAGCUGGAGCUGAUGUUACUAUUACAAACAACAAUGGGUUUAAUGCUCUCCAUCAUGCUGCACUAAGAGGAAAUCCAAGUGCAAUGAGAGUGUUGUUGUCCAAGCUCCCAAGACCAUGGAUUGUGGAUGAGAAAAAAGAUGAUGGGUAUACUGCCUUGCAUUUGGCAGCACUUAAUAAUCAUGUGGAAGUGGCAGAACUCUUGGUGCAUCAGGGCAAUGCUAACCUGGAUAUCCAGAAUGUAAACCAACAAACUGCACUGCACCUUGCUGUUGAACGCCAGCACACCCAAAUAGUGCGGCUCUUAGUCCGUGCAGGUGCUAAACUGGAUAUUCAGGAUAAAGAUGGGGAUACUCCCCUGCAUGAAGCCCUGAGGCAUCAUACCUUGUCACAGCUUCGCCAGCUCCAAGACAUGCAAGAUGUGGGCAAGGUCGAUACAGCUUGGGAACCAUCGAAGAACACAUUGAUAAUGGGACUGGGUACUCAAGGAGCAGAGAAGAAGAGUGCAGCAUCUAUUGCCUGCUUCCUGGCAGCCAACGGAGCUGACCUUGGUAUUCGUAAUAAGAAGGGUCAGUCACCCCUUGACUUGUGUCCUGAUCCUAGCCUCUGUAAAGCAUUGGCUAAAUGUCACAAAGAAAAAGUCAGUGGUCAGGUUGGUUCCCGAAGUCCUUCUAUGAUCAGCAAUGAUUCAGAAACCUUAGAAGAAUGUAUGGUAUGUUCUGAUAUGAAGAGAGAUACUUUAUUUGGCCCAUGUGGGCAUAUUGCUACCUGUUCCCUCUGUUCACCAAGAGUCAAGAAAUGCCUCAUCUGCAAAGAGCAAGUUCAGUCGAGAACAAAGAUUGAGGAAUGUGUGGUAUGCUCAGACAAAAAAGCAGCCGUACUCUUCCAACCUUGUGGACACAUGUGUGCUUGUGAAAAUUGUGCCAGCCUGAUGAAAAAAUGUGUGCAGUGUCGGGCAGUGGUAGAGAAAAGAGUGCCUUUCAUUAUGUGUUGUGGUGGGAAAGGUACAGAAGAUACCACAGACGAUAUUACCAGUGGAAACAUUCCUGUUCUGCAGAAAGACAAGGACAAUACCAAUGUCAAUGCUGAUGUACAGAAAUUGCAGCAGCAAUUGCAGGACAUAAAGGAACAGACCAUGUGUCCUGUGUGUCUGGACCGUCUGAAGAACAUGAUUUUUCUCUGUGGUCAUGGAACAUGUCAACUGUGUGGGGAUCGAAUGAGUGAAUGCCCUAUCUGCCGAAAGGCUAUUGAACGAAGGAUCCUUUUGUAUUAAAAUAUAAAGUGUCUUAUGGUAACUUGUCACGUUAUGACUAGGUUUUGCUCAUUGAAUCUCCAUAAACUUUAGUGACAGCUAAAGGUUGUUAUGAAAACAUUUCUAAUGCUGCGGAGUCUGUUGCAUUGUAAGUGCUAAUGACAACAACACAAACCAGUAUUUAAGUGGUCUCCUAUCAUUAAAAAAGCUAAACCAAGGUUAGGUUAAUUAACAGUGCAGUUUGUUUAUAUCUUUUGCCUUUCCUCUUUCUCCCCAAACCCUUUAUGUUAAAGGGACAAUCUUGAUUUUCUGUCUUGGUAUUUUUAUUUUAUAUGUAUGAACUCUACUUUCAGCAACAUUGAUUUUUAUACUGUCAGUUGCUUUCAUGUAUAAAUAUUUUUAAUUCUCUAACUGUAUUUGUUUUAAGAUUUUUUCAUAGUGCUGUCAGUAGUAAAAUGCAGCCUGCAAACUAAGCCUUGUAGCUAGGUACAGGAAUUUUUAAAAGUUGACACAAUAAAUGAAUAGUGUUUCAGUAUUACAUAUUGCCUCUAAAAUCUGAAAGCCUAUAAUUUUGUAUGGUCUGUUUUUUGCUCCAAGCUAGUUUGAAGGAGUACAAACGAUAAAACAAACCCAAUCAUUUAUCAAAAGGGCUUCUUGGUAAACUCUACACAACAUAGUGAGGGUUCCUUCUAGAAGCAGCCAUCUAUCAAGCCUCCUUCAAACUUGGGAAGACUCCAAAUGUGAGGCUAACACAGUUCAAGUUGCUGCUAGGAAUAAGAAAAAACCCAAAUCCACACAAGCAAACAUCAUGUUUGCCUGAGUUUUGUUUGUUUGGAUGGGGUGGGAAUCUCAACCAUAAUCCUUUCAGCUGAGAAACCAAUUUUUAGAAUGGUGACAGAGUAGAUAUAAUUAUUGGAAUACUUUGUAAAAGAAAAACAUUUUAUCUAUAGGUUUGGAUCGAGACUUAGUCAUGCUUCGAGUAGACUCAUUGAAAUCAAUGGGCCUUAGGUUAGUCAUUACUAACUUUUACAUCCCAUUGAUAUCAUGGGUAUACUCUAAACAGGACUAACUCUGGAGCCAAUCCAAAGAGUAGAAUUCAACAUCUUAAAGGCUCAAUGUUAUAUAUUUAUAUAUAAAAUGUUCCUACCAGUCCCAGUGUGUCCUAGCCAGCAUAGCUGGCUGGAGGAAUGCUGAGAGUUGUAGGACUUUUUCUGUAACAUGCAUAGGAUUGUGCCUUUAGUCUAAUAAACUAGACUGAAGCACCACUUUGCAAAAAGGGAAUAUAUAGCAAGGGUCAUAUCCAAUGUUAGACUUACUUAAAAUAGACCCAUUGAAAUGAAUGCUACUUAAGUUAGUUGUGACUAAUUUACAUUCUAUUCAUUUCAUUACCUCUACUGAAAUUAGAAAGAUACAGGAAUAAUAGCUCCUGUAAUAAUAUCCCUGUUUGUUGCAUAUUUAUGUGUGAACUGCAUUUUCUGUCAAUAUCUCUGAAAUAUUAAAAUUUCACUGGGAAUAUUCAGUUAACAAUAAGGAAGAGAGUUCUUGAUAGGUUCGUGAGAUUUCUUCAAUUUGGGAAGUUGCUUGGGGAAGAUAAGGCUUUUAGGAAAAAUAUAUAUGCCACUGAAGGAUGCGGGAAAGCAACUUGCUCUUAAUAUUCUAUGGUAGGCUGUAGAUACUCCCCCAAAAUUAAACUACAUACUAGAGAUGAUGCAUGAUUGCAGAAAAUUAGCUUUAUAAUUGACAGAUGUACCAGUCUUUGUAUUUAUCUCCAUUUUCUUGUAAGCAUGUGAAGAAACACAUUAGAUAAAUGAAUUGCCUUUCCUCUAUCUAGUAAUUUUAUUUCUCUUAAAUUCUUAACCAAGGAUAUCUAUCGCUUGCAAAAAGAUUCUAUAUUUGGUGGGUGUAAUCUGUGCCAUAUAAAUUUUGGUUGAGAUUUUGUUUUUGCAGAUAUUUGCAAAUUGCUUUGAACAAUGUUGAUCAUGUAUUAGGAACACUAUUUACAGACAGAAACAGGUGCAGGAAGAAAUAGUAUUUUCACAUAAUGACAUAAUACCCCCUUCUUUGGCAAUGUUCUCUUCUAUUGCCAAUCUAGAACGGUUUAAGAUUUUAUUUUGUGGCAUGGUCAGAUAUCUAUAUCAGUAGUUAUAGUGAAAUGACUAAGGUUACAGCCCUAUGUAUACUUGGGAAUAAAUCCCAUUGAACUUGAUGUGACUUAGUUCUGAAUGAACAUAUAUAGAAUUGGAGUAUGAUUCCCAAGCAAACCUAUCUUUAAGUUACAUUGAAAUUAAUGAGUCUUUUAAAAAAUGAUACACAUAGUAAAUGUGUAUUGGAAUGAAGUGUGUUAAAUGAAUAUGAGCUGCCUGACUUUCUAGUCAACAUGCUCAAAUUUAUAAAAUGAUUAAACACUUGUCAAAUAUUUGACAUUUAUAUUCUGGCUUCUGAAUUGGCUAGUUGCAAUUUGAAAAGCAAACUAACUGGUUCCAACUUAAUAAACUGUUCCUACAGGCAAUCUCCUGCAAAAAAACCCCCCUCUGCAUGCAUAUGCAUAGAAAAGUUUCCCUAGGAUGGGUAACAGUAAAUGAUUUUCAAAGAUAACGUAUGAGCCAGAUUUAUCCAGGAAUAAUCAAACUGAUUUUGAACACUAUGUUUGUGUAAAGAACUAAGCCAAUCAAGGCAUCUUUCAUAAAAACGUAAAGGAAGUACUGAAUGUUGCAUGUCAUAGGAAAAGGGCAAACAUUGAUGACAAAGGACUGUCUGGUCAAUGUAACUUGGAGUUCUAUUACUUCAACAUAGUUGGAAAAACUGAAUGAUAAAGUUAUUAAAAUGUCUUCUCAGUCCCCUCCACCAGUUCUGCAAACAUUUUUAGCAUGACUAGUCUUGUAAGCAGGUGACCAAGGCAGUAGUCCUGUACACACUUACAUGGGAAUACUUCUCUUUGAACCCAAUGGAGCUUACUUCUGAAUAGAUAGGAUUGCACUGUAAGUUAUUCAGUGUUUUAAAGGAUGGACGUGAGAUGUUGCAUUUAUCUCAAAUCUAGUAGGACAAAGUAGCACUCUUGUUUAUAUUAGUUACUAGGAAGUCUAAGAUUUUUAUUCCUUUGAUUCUCUUUUAUGCCAUUCUCUUCACCAUGUAGAGUUUUUGUAAUUUCCCAUAGCCAGUAGAAAACAGUACAUUUGUUUUAAAUUUUCUUAAUUUAUUUUAUAAGUACUUUGUUAAACCUUUAUAGUACAUGAAGUCAGAUGUUGAAACUUGAAUUUAUACUUUUAUUAAAGUGUAAAUAUAAACCUGA